GUCUUCUUCCAGCAUCCGAGUUCUUUUUUUGCUGCAGCAAACCAGUUUCACGCCUCUCCUCCCUUCUCUGGUGCUCCUGCUUUCAGGGCCCAACCCUAGCAGUAACUUCUCUCCUCAUCGUAACGCGUCUCGACCGCCAUGGGAAAGGGUCCUGGUUCCUUCUCUGACAUUGGCAAGAAGGCCAAGGAGCUUCUUUUCAAGCACUACGCUUACGAUCACAGCAUCAACAUCUCCACAAAGACUGAUUCAGGAUUGAAGUUUCAAACUGCAUCAGUGAAGAAGGGAGACGAGGUCUCGUGCGAUGUGAAGACUGAGAUCGAGGUCGGAAACGUUGAGGCAGAGUUCAAGCUUGAUACGAAAUCCAAGCUUUAUUUUAAGGCCGUGUACGAGGACCUUGCUCCUGGCCUGAAGCUUGCCCUGACUGGAAUUGUUCCGGACUCGAAGGCCACCAAGGCAGAGCUGACCUACAAGCAAGAGUUGGUUAACGUGAGCGCCUCCGUGGGUCUUGUUACACAACCCGUUUUCGAGGGUGCUCUUGCUGUCGGAACCAAGGGAGUGGUCGUUGGUGCUGAGGUCGGCUACGACACUGCCACUAACAGCGCGACCAAGUACAACCUUGGCGUGGCUUACUCCGAAUCCGACUUCGCUGCUUCCUUGUUGAUUGCUGACAAGCUGGACACGCUGAAGGCUGCAUACUUCCAAAAGGUGAAGAAGGACGUUGAGGUUGCUGUUGAGGCAGCUCACAAACUCUCCAAGAGCGACACUACCUUCACAGCAGGUGCUUCCUUCGAGCUCGAUCCCCUCACAGAGGCCAAGCUCAGGUUCAACAACCGUGGAACAGUUGCUGCCCUCCUCCAGCACGAGUUCCGGCCCAAGUCCAAGGUCACCAUUGCAGGAGAGGUUGACUCCAAGGCUCUUGAUAAGUCAGGCAAGGUUGGCCUUGCCAUUGCCCUCAAGCUGUAGCUAGGUGGUCUGCUUAUUUGGACCCCACACCCCACAUUGCAUAGCACCCGUUUUUGUUACCGUAUGAGUUGCAUGCAUCUUUAAUGCUGAGCUACAGCAACUAGCUAUGAUCACUUCAGAUCUACAAUGUAAAGGUCAUACCUGAUGCGUUGCGUAAGUUCAGUCUAUUUCGAUAAUGUUUAUGUUUGUACGGUGAUAUUAGCUGGUCACCCAGUGAUCCAUUUAGUGCUC